AAACACAAAAAGCUUGGAUGGUAGUACUUUUUUUUUUCUCGCUAUUCCCAGUAGCGAUUCCCGUUCUCUUUCCCUCUCUGCUUUCUCUCACUCUGUUUAGGUUUUUCUGAGCUCGCCGCUGCUAUUUCUCCGAAUCGGAAGUCCAUCGCUCACUCGCUGUUUAUCCGAGUCAACUUAAAGAAUCGCUAUUCUAAUGGCGAUGGAAGUCACUCAAAUUCUUCUAGGUGCGCAGGCAAUAGAUAGCACUGUGCGCAAGCACGCAGAAGAAAAUCUGAAACAGUUUCAGGAGCAAAAUCUUCCAAGUUUCUUGUUUUCUCUUGCGGGAGAAUUGGCCAAUGAUGAGAAGCCUGUUGAGAGUCGUAAAUUGGCAGGCUUGGUCCUCAAGAAUGCAUUGGAUGCCAAAGAACAACACCGGAAGUUUGAGCUUGUACAAAGAUGGUUGGCCUUAGACCCAUCUGUGAGGGCCCAGAUUAAAGCAUGCUUAUUGAAGACUCUCUCUUCUCCUGCUCAUGAUGCUCGUUCAACUGCAUCCCAAGUUAUUGCAAAACUAGCAGGUAUUGAGUUGCCACACAAACAGUGGCCUGAAUUGGUAGGAACUCUAUUGUCAAAUAUUCAUCAGGUUCCAGUUCACACUAAGCAGGCUACACUUGAAACGCUUGGAUAUAUCUGUGAGGAAGUCUCCCCAGACGUGGUAGAUCAGGAUCAUGUAAAUAAGAUACUCACAGCUGUAGUACAAGGCAUGAACUCUUCUGAGAGUAACAAUGAUGUGAGGCUUGCUGCCACAAGGGCAUUGUAUAAUGCUCUGGGUUUUGCUCAAGCAAAUUUCUCCAAUGAUAUGGAAAGGGAUUUCAUCAUGAGGGUUACCUGUGAGGCUACUCUUUCUCCAGAAGUUAAGAUUAGACAGGCAGCUUUUGAGUGUUUGGUUGCCAUCUCUUCGACUUACUAUGAUAAAUUGACAUCUUACAUUUCUGAUAUUUUCAACAUAACUGCAAAAGCUGUGAAAGAAGAUGAGGAAGCAGUUGCUCUUCAAGCCAUUGAAUUUUGGAGUUCAAUAUGUGAUGAGGAGAUUGAUAUUAUGGAAGAGUAUGGAGGGGAAUUUAGUGCUGAUUCUGAAAUUCCUUGCUUCUAUUUCAUCAAGCAGGCUCUGCCUGCUCUUGUCCCUUUGUUAUUGGAGACAUUACUAAAGCAGGAGGAGGAUCAGGAUCAGGAUGAGGGAGCUUGGAAUAUUGCUAUGGCUGGAGGAACAUGCUUGGGGCUGGUUGCACGAACUGUGGGAGAUGAUGUUGUGCCACUUGUUAUGCCUUUUAUUGAAGAGAAUAUUACAAAGCCGGAUUGGAGGCAGAGGGAGGCUGCAACUUAUGCUUUUGGUUCUAUUUUGGAGGGCCCAUCCCCUGACAAGCUGUUACCACUUGUUAAUGUUGCUCUUAACUUCAUGCUCACUGCCUUGAUGGAAGAUCCAAGUAACCAUGUGAAGGACACUACUGCAUGGACUCUGGGUAGAAUGUUUGAAUUUCUGCAUGGGUCAGCUCUGGAUACUCCCAUUGUUACCUCGGAAAAUUGCCAACAGAUCAUCACUGUUUUGAUACAGAGCAUGAAAGAUGUUCCUAAUGUUGCAGAAAAAGCAUGUGGAGCUCUCUAUUUUCUGGCUCAAGGUUACGAGGACAUGGGAAAUGCAUCUUCACCCCUGACUCCAUAUUUCCAGGAUGGUAUUCGGUCUCUUCUUCAAGUAACUCACCGGGAAGAUGCUGGAGAGUCACGCCUCCGAACUGCAGCAUAUGAGACUUUAAAUGAAGUUGUUAGAUGUUCAACUGACGAGACAGCUUCAUUAGUGAUGCAAUUGAUGCCUAUGAUUAUGAUGGAGCUUCAUCAAACUCUGGAGGGUCAGAAACUCUCAGCAGAUGAGAGGGAGAGACAGAAUGAAUUGCAAGGUCUUCUAUGUGGUUGCUUGCAGGUCAUCAUACAGAAGCUGGGGUCAUUGGAGGCAACAAAAUAUUUCUUUGCCCAGAGUGUGCAGAACACAGACCAAUUGAUGGGCCUUUUAUUGAGAGUAUUUGCUUCUCGAAGUGCCACAGCACAUGAGGAGGCCAUGCUUGCCAUUGGAGCUCUUGCCUACGCAACAGGCCCAGAUUUUGGGAAGUACAUGCCAGAGUUCUACAAGUAUUUGGAAGUAGGUCUUCAGAAUUUUGAGGAUUAUCAGGUUUGUGCCAUCACAGUUGGGGUGGUGGGGGACAUAUGCAGAGCUCUGGAGGAUAAAAUAUUACCUUAUUGCGAUGGGAUAAUGACUCAACUCCUAAAGGAUUUGGCAAGUAACCAGUUGCACCGUUCUGUCAAGCCUCCAAUAUUUUCUUGCUUUGGAGACAUUGCUUUGGCCAUUGGGGAACACUUUGAGAAGUACUUGAUGUAUUCUAUGCCCAUGCUGCAGAGUGCAGCUGACUUAUCAGCUCAGGCAUCAGGUGCUGAUGAUGAUAUGACAGAAUACACCAAUUCAUUAAGAAAUGGAAUCUUGGAGGCAUACUCUGGGAUCUUUCAAGGAUUUAAAGGCUCUCCAAAGACACAGUUGUUGAUGCCAUAUGCUCCUCAUGUUCUCCAAUUCUUAGACAGCUUGUACCUGGAGAAGGACACGGAUGAUGCGGUGACAAAGACAGCAAUUGGAGUACUUGGAGAUCUAGCUGAUACGCUGGGUACUAAUGCAGGUCCCUUGAUUCAGCAGUCCGUGUCAAGCAAAGACUUUCUAAAUGAAUGUUUGACAUCAUAUGAUCAUAUGAUUAAGGAAUCAGCUGAAUGGGCCAAGUUGGCAAUCAGCCGAGCAAUUUCUUUCUGAGUCCAUUGCUACACCGUACAUUCUAGUUCUUGCAUGCAUUUGGGUGGGUCGAGUCGGGUCUGGGAUUGCAUACCAUGAGUCUGGUCAUCACCAAUUUUGGGCACGCGUUUUUGGGGGUCAAUUUGGCUGUCUGUAUCUUGUUGGCAGCGGAGGAGAGUGGGUUUUCCCUAAAUUAUUUUAUUUUAUUUGUUGCCAUGGAGAAAGUCGGCGGUGGUGACCCUUGCAUUUCUGCCUACUCGGCAGAAAUAGAUGAACGUUUUCAUAAAGAAGAAGAGGACACGAGUUUAAUGGUUGUGGGAGGAUUGAGAUAGGAGACCCAUCACCCCCUGACAAUGCCGUCUCCAGCGAGUUGGGGAAAUAAGCUUUUGGAGUAGAUGGUGCCGAGGAUUUUGUUAAGGAAUGGUAGAACCUCAUUUUUUUUUUCGUUAUUUCUUUGGUCAGUCUUUUCGUCUUCUUUUUCCCCACACCAGAAUCCGGUGUCAAUAGUCUGCAUUUUUAUGUGUCAGUUCAGUUGUUACAGGGGGGUAUGAUCUUCUUUUUCCUAUUUUUUGGGUGUACUCUUCUCUACCUGUACACUUUCUCAUUGUGUGGGAUGAUGCUCAUAAAUCAAGGCAUCCAUAUCAUGCAUUUGUCAUUAUUCAUGAUUAUUAUAAUUACCAUAGCUGUUCAAGUGAUUGUUAGAUA